GUGUCGAGCUAAAGAAGAUGGAGAACUGUCUGAUGCUGAUGUUUCUGUGUUAUAUGGUAAAACUCAUCAGCUCUGACAGUGUGAGUGUGAGGUUGGUGAAUGGUAAUAAUCCCUGUGCUGGUCGAGUGGAGGUUUAUAAAGAUGGUCAGUGGGGAACAGUGUGUCAUUAUUACUGGGAUAUUGCUGAUGCUGAAGUGGUGUGUAGAGAGCUGGAAUGUGGGACGGCUGUAAAAGCGACAUAUGAUGCUCACUUUGGACAAGGAUCAGGACCAAUUUCAAUGGCUUAUGUAUACUGUAGUGGAUCAGAGACUGCACUGAAAGACUGCAGGUCACAGAGCCAGUAUGCACAGCGCUGUAAUCAUAAUGAAGAUGCUGGUGUCAUCUGUUCAGAAAAAGGACUUCGACUUGUGGACGGGCUUCACCUGUGCUCUGGGAGAGUGGAGGUGAUUUAUGGGAACACAUGGGGCACAGUGUGUGACGCUGCCUUUGACCAGCAGGAUGCAGAGGUUGUGUGUAGAGAGCUGGACUGUGGGGCUCCUGUACAGGUGCUGGGAGCAGCUGCUUUUGACAAAGGAGACAGUGUUUGGUCAGAGGAGAUUCAGUGCAGAGGAAAUGAAUCUCAGAUACACGUCUGUUCACGAUCAUCUUCACAGAUGCACAGCUGUUCACAUGACAAUGAUGUGGGAGUGAUCUGUUCUGGUUACACAGAUCUCAGGCUGGUAAACAGUUCAGACUCUUGUUCAGGAAGAGUGGAGCUUCGGUUCCUCAAAGAGUGGGGCACAGUGUGUGAUGCAUGCUGGGAUAUGAGAGCUGCCAGUGUCCUCUGUAGACAGCUGAAUUGUGGGAUUGCUGUCUCUGUUGUGGGAUCAGUCUGGUUUGGAGAGGGAAGUGCUAAAAUCUGGGCUGAUGUGUUUGAUUGUGACGGAAAUGAAACAAAACUCUCAGAAUGUUCCAUCUCUUCAUGGAGUCGAGCUGAAUGUUCUCAUAGACGAGAUGUUGGAGUCAUCUGCUCUGGCAGUAAAGCUCAUCAGGGGAACUGCAGCUCUUCACAAACUCUUAACUGCAGCUCCACACAACAGAUGUCAGUAAAGAACUUUGGUCGCGGGUCCAUCAGGCUGGUGGGUUCUGGGGGAGACUGUGCAGGGAGGCUGGAGGUUUUUCACAGCGGCUCAUGGGGGACAGUGUGUGAUGACUCCUGGGAUAUUAAAGAUGCCCAUGUGGUGUGCAGACAGCUGCAGUGUGGAGUGGCCCUCAGUAACCAGCAGGUACCAGCCUGGUUUGGUCCUGGUUCUGGACCCAUAUGGCUGGAUGAGGUGGAGUGUGAGGGGAAUGAGACGUCCCUGUGGAGCUGCUCUUCUCCAGGCUGGGGAAAACAUGACUGUCAACACAAGGAGGAUGUUGGAGUCGUGUGCUCAGAGUUUAAAGAGAUCAGGUUAACUGAGGGCUGUGAAGGGAAUGUGGAGGUUUUCUACAAUGGAUCCUGGGGUAAUGUGUGUUACAACCAGAUGGCCAGAGACACAGUGAGUCUGAUCUGUCAAGAGCUGAACUGUGGAAGAUCUGGCAGUGAACCCAUUUAUUCAGAGGGACUGAAGUCUCAUAAUUGGUUUGAUAAACUUAAUUGUCGACGACAUGACUCCACUUUAUGGCAGUGUCCAUCUUCACCCUGGGGACAGAAUGACUGUGAUAAUGAAGUGGCCAAAAUCACCUGCUCAAAGGAUCAGACACGUGAGUCUCCUCAGAGUCUUCUGACAUGUUCUACCUCACCAUCUCCAUACAAGAGACAGUGUUCAAAUCAUGUUCCUCUCAGACUGAGUGGAGGGGAGGGCCGGUGCUCUGGGAGGCUGGAGGUGUAUCAUAACGCUGUGUGGGGCUCAGUCUGUGAUGAUCAGUGGGACAUCAGCGAUGCUCAGGUGGUCUGCAGGCAGCUGGGUUGUGGAGCAGCACUGAGGGCUGAUGGGAAUUCAGUCUUUGGUGCUGGUGAAGGUGUUGUGUGGCUGAACAGAGUGGAGUGCAGAGGGAAUGAGAUUCACCUGUGGGACUGUCCUCUCUCCCUGAAAAACCACACUGACUGCUCCCACAAAGAAGGUCACAGGAAACACUGGAGUAAUUUGACAGAUGUGUCAGUGUCCUCUACUCCUGCCACAACAUCAGCUUCUCCUCCAGUGCGCUCAACAUCAGUCUCUCCUCCACAAACUCCCCCAGCAGCGUCUCUCUCCGUCCCCCCAGUGCUUGUGAUUGUACUGGGAGUUGUGCUCUUACUGCUCUUAGUGCCACUGCUUAUACUGAUUCAGCAGAACAGAGUGAUGAGGAGAGCUCUCUCUAAGAGGAGACACAGGACGAUGACUGAGGCCGUUUAUGAGGAGAUUCAGCACAGACACAAUCACUUCACUCAGAGGGGGAGUCUCAUCUCUGAAGAACUGCAUUCUGGGUAUGAAGAUGCUGAUGAGCUUCUCUCAGCAAAAGAGUUCAAGACUUCAUAUUAUGAUGAUGUCACUAAUGGCAGCGGCCUAAAAGAAGAGAUGCUGAAGGAAAUCACACCGGGAUACUAUGAUGACGUCAUCACUGAUGGACUGAAACCAGAUCGUGAGACAGAAGACACACCUGAGAGCUAUGAUGAUGUCAUGACGAGCAGCCAGAACUCUGAUUUAAAAAAAGUGGACGCAGAGAAUUAUGAUGAUGUCAUCGUUAAUAGACCGAGCUCUCAAGGUGUAACAGAGGGAGUUCAGGAGGAGUAUGACGAUGUGAUGAGUGUCAGUGAAGAUGUGAGAAACCUGUUGGAUUAUGAUGAUUUGGAAAAGGAGUCCAACAAAGAAGAUAGCCUAAUGAUUACAUCCACUGCCUCGGUUCAAAACAUUUGA